AUGGGAGAAGACGAGCUGUCACCUAUCUAUUAUGUUAUCCGAGUUCUGCGAGAUGCGGAAUUAAGGUACCCACGCUUAGAACAGGCGUGUAUAGCUUUCAUGUACGCGACGCAGAAGUUGAGGCCCUAUCGCUUGACAUGCGAGAUUAUCGUGGUGGCGGCAGCGAACCUCAUAGCCUACCUAGCCUCGAAACCUGUCUUAAUAGGAAGGACCGCCCGAUGGCUACUACAACUGUCAGAAUUCGAGCUCAAAUACCAACGCCCGAACGCGGUGAGAGGACAAGCAAUAGCCGAUCUCAUGGAAAUGUUCCCGGGAGAAAGCGAUGAUGCGGUACACGCAUACAUACCUGGAGAAGUGUCAACCACAUAUAUUGAUAAACCUUGGACAAUGUUCUUUGAUGGGUCAUUAUAUGGUUCUGUCGGAGGAUCCGGGGUGGUAUUCGAAGCGCCACAAGGAGAGAUUCUCUCGUAUUCAUUUAAAUUGGACUUCCCAUGUAGUAACAAUGUCGCGGAAUAUGAAGCCUUGAUUUUGGGACUCCGAAUGGCAAAGGAGCUCAAUCUGGGAAGCGUGGAAGUCAAAGGUGAUUCAAGACUCGUGACAAACCAAGUGAAUGACGACUUUCAUGUCAAAGAACCGCAUUUACCGCCCUAUCGGGCAGAGGCCCAAAGAUUGAUGAACCAAACGGGGUCGACCCUGGAUCACAUAGGCAGGGGUAGAAACAAGCACGCAAAUGCCCUGGCAACCCUGGAAACCCUGGCAAGAAAAGUGAAAUUGAAUGGCGAGGAAGAGGGUACCGUCACAAUAAAGAGAAAGGAGUUACCUAGUACUUGGAAAGAACACUUGUCCUUCGAGGAAGCAGACGACUGGAGAAGAGUGUAUAUUGAAGACCUGAUUCGGAUGGACGAAAGACGAGUGAUACACACCCAAGCUCUGAAUCAAUUCGUUGUGAUCCAAGGAUCCUUGUAUUAUAGGGCGGCCAGAGGAUCUCUCGCGAGGUGUGUAAAUAAAAGAGAAGCUGAGAAGUUGCUCCAGGAACUGCAUGCAGAAACAUGUGGACAAACCGGCGCCGUUCACCUCUACGGGAAACUUCAGAGGAAGGGCGUGUACUUUCCAAGUAUGUCAGCUCAAGCAUCAUCACUCCAAGAUAGUUGCGCCAACUGCCAAGCACCACCGCAACCCGCGACAGUCUGCACCAUCGAAGAAGCUGAUUGGAGGCAACCCUACUUCGAUUUUAUCCAACACAGGAAGUUACCGAGCGAAAGACAGGCGGCCCUCAAAAUCCAAAGGAAAGCGACGCGUUUCUUCAUACACGAUGGUGUUCUUUAUCGUAGAAGCUAUGGUAAUGUCGGGUUACGAUGCCUGUCAAGUCAGGAAGCGGUAGAAGUCAUGACCCGGUACCAUGAUGCGUAA